AUGGGCCGUUCGCGUGUUCGCUCGUUUAUAUCCAGCUUGGGGGGAUCGAAGCACAAUGAUUCUGCUAAAGAAAGCAAAAAGUUGGCGAAGAACGUUACGCCAGUGGCCAACGUGACUCCGUCCGACACACCACCCCAGUGGCAAACCCCUCCCGAUACACCGUCUCCUCCGACCGAAUCAUCGUCCCCUGCGAGCUCUGGACCAAGAGUCGGAAAUGGCUCGCGACCGGCAUCCAUGAUCUUCUCACGCAACCCACCUCUUAUGCAGCAGGCGGGCGAUACACCACCGGAGUUAUCGCCAAUCUUUUCGUUCCUCAAUAUCCACACAAACAAGGUCUACCAUGAAGGAUACUUUUUAAAACUGAAUGAUCAGGAUUCUCACGGACGAAAUUCUGGUGAUCGGCAAUGGGUGGAAUGCUACGCACAGCUGGUCGGAACUGUUCUUUCACUGUGGGAUGGCGCUGCGCUGGACGCAGCAGGUGGAGAAGAGGUCCCGGCGACCUUCAUUAACUUGGCCGAUGCGUCUAUUAAGAUGAUUGAGACUCUUCCGAUCCAAAAUGGAGCCGUACAACCAUUGAAGAACGUACUCAGCCUUUCUUCCGCUGGCAAAAAUCGAUACCUCUUGCAUUUCAAUUCUUUCAACUCACUAACCCAAUGGACUGCGGCGAUUCGUCUGGCGAUGUUCGAACACACUUCUUUGUACGAAGCUUACACCGGUUCUUUGAUUGCAGCGAGAGGAAGAACUCUCAAUGGAAUCAACUCUAUCAUGGCGCCCACCAAAUUCAAGUACGAGGAUUGGGCGCGUGUACGAUUUGGAGCAGGAACCCCGUGGAGACGGUGCUGGUUUGUGAUCAGCCCACCAGACGAAAAGGAGCUCCAAAAGGCGCGGAAAGUCAUGAAGAAAUCGGCAUAUGAUCGAUUGACAAUGCCUGUUACCGGAAACAUCAAGUUUUACGAGACGAAGAAGACGAAAAAGGUGAUUCCCAUUGCAACGGUUACCCAGGUUUACUCGGCACAUGCGAUUUAUCCACAAUCCAAGGCACUAAUUGAUGCAUCCACCCUGGUGAAGUUGGAAGGAUGGAUUACCACGCAUUCGCCGGAUUCUUCCUCAGAGGGUCUUGUUUUUGUCAUGCCUGAGCCACAUGCCGCGGUUUCUGGAUUGGAGAUGAUGCUGCGCUUCCUUUUCCCGACAUUCGAUACUUUCAAUCUCUAUGGCCGUCCUACUCGCCUAGUGGCAGACACUAAUCACAUUAAGAGUAUCAUGUUUGCCUUCCCCAAGGAGCGACGCUACGGUUAUCUUGAUGUGCUUGACAUUGCCAGUCUUCUUCAAACCCCGGGAAGCCAAGAAUGGAGCGAAGCUCAGUGGAGGAAACAGCUCAAAGAGGCAACACAGCGCCGAAUUUCAUCUGGCAGGAGCCGAACCAACAGUGUCAACAGCACGAGACCUCGUUAUCGCUCAAUGUCUGGCCGAACCAGUGAUAUCCCUAUGGACUCUACUCGCCGCCAGUUUGCGGGUCUCGAGAACAAGCCUGAAUUCAACAAUUCUACUGAGGCUAUUAUUCAUGAAGUCCCCCAAAACGAGGGCUCACCCGUUGUGUAUCACAACCGCGUGGUUUCUGAUACCACGGGCUUUAACACUGGCUCUCGGCCAGGCCGGGGGUCUUUACCUGAGAGCUCACCUGACUCAUCUUCUCAAGAUCUGAUGCACCGUGGCGUUCCAGCGGUCGCGCCUAUCGCUGAGAGUACCAGCUCCGGGAGCGACCCAAAUCUCGACCGUCCCCGUGGCCCGCCAGUCGAAGAACAGCUCCCUCCACGCACCCCACCGGCUCCUGUUGAAAAUCCACCCGCAUUUUCGCAUGGACCCAAAGAGAUGCCCAUUAACCGACCAGAGGCUUCUUCGGAGCAGAGGUUGGCAAACAACCGGAUGUCUCACGCAACACUUUCGCAACUCACAUCAGUCGGAACGAUGGGACUGAGCGCGGCAGCCGCCGGUGCUGCAUGGAAAAGCCACCAGGCACAGACUACGAACAACCAACAGCCCCAGGACAGGGGCUUCGACAGGGUCUAUACUCCUGGCCCCGUUGUGUCCACAAACUCUCUUGUAGCUUCAUCAAGUGACGAGGGCUUAGGCCUUGCAUUCCCUGUUCAACCUCCCUCAGUUCCGGAGCAUCGCCCGAACACACCCAGUACUACUGGCAGUCCACAGCGGGUUUCCCCCCAGAGAUAUUCCCCUCAACGGAUGCAGAUUGACUCCAACAAAUCCGUGCGACGCAAGCCACUCCCCCAGAAAACCCUUUUCGUGACAGAGCCACAGUCACCAAGCGAACCGAGUUUCGAGGAUCUUCGCCAUACCCUUGAUGAAGAUGCGUUGAAUAAAAUUGCCCCUCAUCUUCCAUCCCCAAUCUCAUCUACUGGGAAAAGAAACGGGAAUGAGGACGAGAGCAUUUAUGAUGAUGCAUCGACGGUUUCGCCUGACUAUGCUAGCACCCACGGUUCUGUCUACAGCAAGAAAUCUAUUGCGUCCACCAAACCCAGAAUGGGUGUCAUGAAGACUGUGGGAGUCCCAGCUGUCAAAGAUUAUGUCAUUGGCGAUACUCAUUAUACUAUGGACAAGCCCCCAACCUCGAACCCGGAUAUUCCCACUGUUGACUUCGGCCCAACUAUGACCUAUAUGCCUACUACUGGGCGGCCAACCACAUCAGACACCCUGAGAAAACCAAUGCACCAACGCAAUGAUUCAUCGGGAACCAAAUUUUCCAUUCCUACUCAAGCAAUCGAUCAAGCGAAUGCCCGGCCUUCCACCGGGGAGGAAUUUCGACGGAGUAUGCUAUGGCAGCCUGGAAUGGCUUCCGGUCGCCCUGUUACCCCAGGUGGAGGUCUUACACCGGAACAGUUCGUGCAGCAACGGGCCGCCCCCAGUCCUCCGGUGCAUCUCCACAAUCGCACCCCUUCCAAUCCUAUGUCGGUACACCGUCCAGUAUCUGGCGACUGGACACAGUAUGCCCAUCCCAAUUCGCCCAUGGCCCCUCAGCGAGAUCCCAACUAUCGACCUUCGUCUCGUGGUGCCCAGGGUAUGCUUAACUACAACGAGGCCUCAACCAAUCUUUCCGCUCGUGAACAGGAGCAUGUUGCCCGCAUGACUGGUUCUUCAUUCUUCAAUAUGUCAAAUGACAACCGGAAACCACAGGCGCCGGUGAACCCUAUGGGCCUUGUCUCACAUAUCGAUGCUCGGGAGCGCGAGAAGCGUGAAAUGCGGGAGGGAAUGUCGAAUCAGGCGGUUCAACAGGCCAUUGCCCACCGUCAGCAACACCUGAUGAAUCUGCAACAGUAUGCGCCUCAGCAGUUCGCGCCGUCGUUCGCACCUCAGCAUAUGCAGCCCCAACAGGCUGGUUCUGUGUAUCAAUCUCAACAUGGUCGCCACGAGUCCAUGUACAACAUGCCGGCUGCCAGCCACACAUGGGAUGCCCUAAACCAGACAGCCCGCCCCGACGAACCCCGUCGAUCAUCCUGGUACGGACAGCUUGCGCAAGCUCAAACACUGCCUAGCUAUCAACAAAGCCAGCCCUAUAGCCAAGAACCGAGGUACUAUACCCACGCGAAAUAA